GAGUUCGCUCGGUGGCUGAUCGGUGGUGGGUACGGGAUUAGCUUUCUCUGCUACUUCCCUCCCUGGGACUUCUUAGUUCCUGGAAUGCGAGAGACAGAGGCUCAAGGAGUUCCCGGAGUAUGGCGUAGAGGGAGCCACUGGUGGGGACCUUGGUAGGGUCUCUUUCCCUUCGUGGGCUGCUAUGGAGUUCCCAGAGCACAGCCAGCAGCUGCUGCAGGGCCUCCGAGAGCAGCGGUCCCAGGGUUUCCUUUGUGACUGCACCGUGAUGGUGGGUAGCACCCAGUUCUUGGCCCAUCGGGCUGUGCUGGCCUCCUGCAGCCCGUUCUUCCAGCUUUUCUACAAGGAGCGGGAACUGGACAAGAGGGAUUUGGUGUGUAUCCACAACGAGAUUGUCACAGCGCCAGCUUUUGGGUUGCUUCUGGACUUUAUGUAUGCUGGCCAGCUGGUCCUGAGGGAGGAUACCCCUGUGGAGGAUGUGCUGGCAGCUGCCAGCUACUUGCAUAUGAAUGACAUCGUCAAGGUGUGCAAGCGGCGGCUGCAAGCCCGGGCCCUGGCAGAGGCGGAUAGUACCAAGAAGGAGGAGGAAACUAACUCACAGCCCCCUAGUUUGGAGUUUUUGUCCAGCACUUCCCAUGGCCCCCAGCCUUCGCUGGCAUCUGCCGAGACGUCAGGCCAUUGGGGCAAAGGGGAAUGGAAAGGCCCUGCUGCUCCCUCACCUACUGUCUGUCCUCCAGAUGAGCCACCAGUGCCCGGUGGGGCUGACACUACACAGCCUGGUGUGGAGGUAGAUUCACCUCAUCUACAGGCGCCUCCUCCACCAGUGGCUGAUGUCUCUCUUGCUAGCCCCAGUAGCUCCACAGAGACCAUUCCUGCAAACUACUUCUCUUCUGGCCUCCCAACAGUUUCAGUGGAGCCACUGGCUCCCCUUGAUGUGGGUUCUGAGGGUCUGAGGGUGGUGGAACUGAGGGGUACUGGAGGACCAUUGCAAGGCUUCUACUCCCCAACUUCAGCUGCAGCCCCAGGCCCAGCCCCAGCCCCAGUUCUAUCCCAGACUCCAGCCCCAGCAGAAGCUGAGCUGGUCCAGGUAAAAGUAGAAGCUAUUGUGAUUUCCGAUGAGGAGCCUGAUGUGUCAGAGGAACAGCCUCAGGGUCCUGAGGGACUGUUCCCACCUGGAGGAGCAAUGUAUGGUGGACAGCACCCCCAGCCAGAGGCUUUUGAGGAGCCAAGGGCAGCAGGACUGGAGGAGGUGGGACCAAGUGACCACUUCCUGCCCCCAGAUCCUCACCUACCCUACCAUUUGCUGCCAGGUCCAGGGCAUUAUCAUCGAGGACUGGUGACCUCACCCCUGCCUGCUCCCCCGGCCCUGCAUGAGCCACUUUACCUGCCUCCUGAGUAUGAAGCAGUCCCAGGAAGCUUUGGGGUUUUUACUGAAGAUGUUCCCACUUGUAAGACAUGUGGGAAGACUUUCUCAUGCUCUUACACACUACGGCGACAUGCCACAGUGCACACACGUGAGCGACCCUACGAGUGCCGCUACUGCCUGCGCAGCUACACGCAGUCAGGGGACCUGUACCGCCACAUCCGCAAGGCUCACAACGAGGACCUGGCCAAACGAAGCAAACCGGAUCCAGAGGCCGGCCCCCUCCUAGGAGUGCAGCCCCUCCCUGGCUCCCCUACGGCAGACAGACAGAACAGCGGUGGUGGAGGGCCACCAAAAGAUUUCGUGCUUGGCCCCAAAAACUAACAGCUGGGGGAGCACGAGCUGACGCUAGGCCUGCUCUUCCCAUCAUUAGGGGGCAGCACAGAAGGUUGGAAGCACCUCAUUUCCCCUGCUGGGUGACAGAAUGAAGAUUCUGCCCCUGCUGAAGGUUCCUACCCUUUUCUUUACCCAGCCAGAUAGCAGGACUUUAUGGGGCAGAGCAUCUCAGUCAGCUUCUCUACAAGGGCACUGGGAAUCUUCCUGAGGUGCAGUCGCUUCUCACCCCGCAUUCUGGACCAUAAAGCCAGCGGUGAAAGUUUUCUCUUUUUUUUUUUUUUGGUGAGGAAGAUGGUCCCUGAGCUAACAUCCGUGCCCAUCUUCCCCUACUUUGUAUAUGGGACGCCGCCACAGCAUGGCUUGAUGAGCGGUGCGUAGGUCUGCGCCCAGGAUCCGAACCCGCGAACCCCAGGUCACCGAAGCGGAGCAAGCCAACUUAACCACUAUGCCACUGGGCCAGCCCCGAAAGUUCUCUUUGAACUGGUGUUAGCUGGUUUCUUCCGCAAACCUGCAUACCUCCUGAUUCUUUCAUACCUCUCCUCCAGAUCUUUUAGGAAUCUGACAUCUGUCCUUGCGGUACGGGUGGGUCAGGUUGCUUAUGAGGGAAAAAGUGAGAGGCAGAGGGUUACGUCUAUUCCUAGUAAAGUCUUUUCCUAGUAAAGACUUUACUAGGAACUAGAUUGUACUAAGGAAAAGUAUACAAAUUAGGGAAUCCUACACAAUUAUGACUUAUUGUACUGGGCUGUAUUGGGAACUUCAUAUAAAUACUCAUUUAAUUCUCAACAACUUUAUGAGGUAUUAGCUCCCCCCCGCUUUUUUUCCCACAGAAAAGGAAACUUGAGACUCAAAAAUCCAAGUUAACUUGUUGAAGGUCACAGAGCUAGUUAAGGGGCAAGCCAGAAUUUGAACCAUGGCUUGUGACUCCAGACACCAUGUGCAUGAUACCGGUUUAAAACACUGUUGAAGGUAGUUAACUGAGAACUAGAAGUUGUUUUCUUUCUUGUCCUUUUGCGUGUCGGGCUUUGCUCUCUUACCCCUUUAGCUCUGCUUUCCACGUAGAAAGACCUUUGGUUGACUGUUUCAACAACAGAUACCGUCUUGACGACUUGAGAUUUUUGCCUACGUGUCAUAAAUAUGAAUUGAGGUCUCUGAGGAUGAGGAACUGAAAGGCAGAAAAGACUAAGGUCGUGGUGGUCAGUUUGUGGGACAGGUUGAGGGCCUGUGGUAUGGAAAUGAUGGGUACUUGGGAAAACUAGAGCAAGAAACUCCAGGUGAGAGAAUCUUAUAGUUCAUCUAUCCAACUCCCUCACUUAAAAAGUGUGAUGAUGUCCUAGAGAGGUUAAAUUACCCCUCUACAGUCACACAGGUGGUUCUUGACAGCAGAGGUAGCAGAGAAAUGCGAGUUUGGGGUGUUGAUGUGGGAUGGUGGAGAAAAAGAGUUCUAGGAAUGUAUGAGGAGGGUCUGGCCCAGUCUGUGGGGAAGAGCAGUAGUGCUGUAGAAUGGACUAGAAGGCUUCCUACAAACCCUUCUCUUUUCGGCACGUAAGGAACUGAGUGCAAAAAAAGCAGGAAGGAAAACAGAAAAAGGUGAAAAUAGGAGUUAAGUUUUCUGAAUUUCUUUUCUCUCUUUGGAUUUGUCUGCCAUAUUCAGCACUGUGAACUCUUAAUAGCAAGCCACUCUUUUUGAGUUAUAGGAAGCAGACAGCUGAGCAUCGAAGAUUUAGCCAAAGCAAGCUCCUUACCUGGGGCAUUAUGGGAAGCAAAAGUUGAUGCUUAACAUUUUCAUGGCUGAAACAAUGAAUUGUAUGGCUUUUACUUUCCUUGUGCUGGAAUAACCUUUUAGUUUAUCUUUCAUGUGGGUAAUUUUAUUUAUGCGAAUACAUUACUGCCUUAACUCCUUGGUAAAACAAGGCAAGGUAUACAUAUAUACAAUAAGAGCUUUUCUAGCUGAGUGAAGCACCUUUUCCAAAGUCUUCCUAGAGUAAAUGUCAAAUCAAAAUGCCUAAAAAGAAUCAGUUGCCUUUAAAAGGGUGAAUUUUAUGAUAUAUGAAUUAUAUAUGUUAAAAAAAAGACACAGAGGAAAAAAAAUCAGUUGCCUCAGAACAUCAGUUCCUAAAAGCAAGGCAUAUCUGUGUCUACAUGUAUAUAGAAUGUAUAUAAUUUCUCUAGACAGUCUGGAGAACAGAAUAACCAUUGUUACUGUCUGGGCCACGUGUAAUAACUAACUAAAGAGGAUCUGUUACUUGGUGAGAUUCUCCUGAAGAGCAAGCAUUUGCUUUCAGUUCCCAGCAUGAGAAACAUUCUUCAUUGGAGGUGGCAGUUAGGAAUUUCAAGAUGUUUAGGGGCUGGCCUGGUGGCGCAAGCGGUUAAGUGCGCGUGCUCCACUGCGGCGGCCCGGGGUACGCCGGUUUGGAUCCCGGGCGCGCACCGACGCACUGCUUGGCAAGCCAUGCUGUGGCGGCGUCCCAUAUAAAGUGGAGGAAGAUGGGCAUGGAUGUUAGCCCAGGGCCAGUCUUCCUCAGCAAAAAAGGAGGAUUGGCAGAUGUUAGCACAGGGCUGAUCUCCUCACAAAAAAAAAGAGAAAGAUGUUUAAAGCAGUAACCAACACAACUAAGGCCACAGUUGCCUCACUUUAUCUAUCUGCUGGACACUAGGAACAGGUUAUGCCAGUCUGUAAAGAGUCAUCAAUGGAGAAUUUUCUCUAGUUUCCACUGCUCUUGGUGGUCCCAUCUAUGGAUUCAAGGAACCACAGGUCAGUUCAUCUAACUUCUAGUCCAGCACUGGAUCCUCCUUUUGCCAGUUGUUAAAUCUCUGCUUGAACGAGAACUCACUAUCCCCAGAGGAAACCUAUUCUAUUGUUGGACAGCCCCAGUUGUUGGCUAAUGCUUCCUUCUACUGAGCCAAAAUCAGCCUCCCUAUGUGGGGAGCACGGGCCAAGAGUUUCACCCCGAGAACUUAUUUGCGUUUGAGCUAUGAGUUGACUUAGUUUUCUGACAACCACCCUUUCCUCUCAGCUUUAGAGAUAUAUUUCUAGUUUAGGAUUUCUUUUCUUAAUUGGCUAUU